CAGCAAUCCCGCGUACACACUAUACACGACUCUUGUCUCCGUUAAAACGGACUAGGAGGAGGGACUACGAGCACUACGUGCUUGAAGAACCGUUCAAAAUUGACCACAGGGAUAUUGGACACCUGGAAAUCAACACAUAUAGUCGUUUUAGGAGCAGUUGUCGCCUUUAAAAAAAUAAUCGGUUUAAAUUUAUCGUGAUGUCCGCUUCGCAGUUUUUUUGUUGUUGUCUGUUACAGUGUUGAUAAAUAUUGCCACAUCGCUAGCCAGCAAGCCAAUAUCGAGCAAACCGGAGUCAACAACCAACACCGCGAGUUGAAUGAAGACUCUUUGCACGGGCUGUAGCCUGUCCCGUGUAGAUAAGACAGCUGUCUAACGUUACUGUCGCUAGUUAUCUGAAGUGCAGAGUAUUUUUUGUUUGUUUCAUUGGCCUGCGAGUUCUCUCAUUGGUAUUGGUGAAGAAGAGACGAGCAGAUUUUGAGGACGGUAUUGAUUGGAUAUCCAUGAGCUCCGAUUUCCAGCACUACAGUUUCAGGAUGCCUAAUAUUGGGUUCCAGAACCUUCCCCUCAACAUCUACAUUGUGGUGUUUGGGACCGCCAUCUUUGUCUUCAUCCUCAGCCUUCUCUUCUGCUGCUACUUGAUAAGGUUAAGGCACCAGGCGCACAAGGAGCUGUAUGCAUACAAACAAGUUAUACAGAAGGAAAAGGUCAAAGAGCUAAAUUUGCAUGAGAUAUGUGCGGUGUGCUUGGAGGAGUUCAAACAGAAAGACGAGCUGGGGAUUUGCCCGUGCAAACACGCCUUUCACAGGAAGUGCCUCAUUAAGUGGCUGGAGGUGAGGAAGGUGUGCCCGCUGUGCAACAUGCCUGUUCUGCAGCUCGCCCAACAGGCGGGCGUCACCAUCGACGUCACCGUGCCCAUACAGCAGCACCUGCCAGGCGUGGAAAAUCCGGUGUAGCGCAAACCGCAGUGCACACACACACACACACACACAACUUCACACACAUGUACAGGUACACUUAUGCCUCGAUCACACCGACAGCAUCAUUGCAUUUUUGGUACACCAGAAGUACAUUCAUUUCCAAUGGAACGCUGUGUUUACCUGGCAUACGUUCGCCGCUGCAUCAAAUUGUAUGCGUAGGCGGCUUGACAGAAAUGGUAGCAGAAGAGGAAUGCUGAAAUUUGUUGCACACAUAUCCAGAUGAUGCUGUGCACCAUUUUGCGCAAUGGCUCUGUAGGUGCGAUCGAGGCGUUAUAUAUGAUUAAAAGACAGGACAGACAAUGGAGGAACACAACAGUGUUACGAUGCAGACAGGGACUCACGGCGACGAAGAAGUGAAUCUGCUGCCUCUCCUCCUCUCAUCUCUCUGCCUUGGUGGAUUCACAUGAUGAUUUUUUUAUAUAUAAUUACGGUUCUUUUUAUUGACAAUUAAAUGUUUUCUUGUGGACACAGCCGUGGUCACUAUUCUGACCGUUUCACAACCAAAGCACUUUUCUGGGGACACCAACGCGUGACGAAUAAGAGACAUAAAAACCAACAACUACCACACGUUGAUAUGAAAAUGGCUUCAUCGUUUCGUUUUCUUUUUAACGACUAAACUUGUAUUUUUUUUUUCUUUUUCUACAAGCACUUUAAACAUUUUACUCAAACUUAAAUUGCUUGUGAGGAGGUUGUAGUAGCAACAAGGUUAUUUUAUUAUUACGAUUAACUUUUUUUGUAUGUACAUACAGAGCCACAUUAGUUAAUUUUAUAGUUGAGUGAAGAUUUUUUUUGGGGGGGCCAAUACUAUCUUAAAGGGACAGUAGCCUCCAAAUGAAUUGACUUUGGGAUGCUCAAGGAACUGCAGAAUUCUGUGGCCUGAUCCUCCCUCUCACUCACACAUGCAAAAAAGGAUAUUGGAGGUGUGUUUAUGAAGGGAGGGUCACCCCAACCUCAGUACUUGGUGUUUAAACAACUUAAUGUGAAUUAAGAGAGCAAUGGGUUCGAAUGUGGGGUUGUGAUUAGGAUGUGAUUCACCGGUGCAUCCGACUCUGCGUCCCCUCUUGCAUAUGAAGGUUGUACAGUUUGUUACUCACUGCACACCUCAGCGUCUGCGUUCCCAAAUGGUACCCUAUUCUCUAAAAAGUGCACUAUUUGGGACACAGGAUUUUUUUACCACAAGGCUUUUCUGUGGCCACUUUCACGGUCUGCAUCUGUCAUUACAGAAAAAAAGUUACUAUUCUGUUUGUGAACUAAUUGUUAAAACGCAACAAUGCAGAGGUCGUAUUUUCAUUGAAAGAUUUUUCACUGAGGUUUUUAUAAGGGUCGACUCAAAUUAAAAUAGUAGAAUUACCCAGAUACACACUCCCAACUGUGGAGGGGUCCUGGCCUCAGUCACUUCCUGUGGACGAGCGACCAGGGAAGUAAGAGUAACCCAACACCCCGAGCCCAUGGCACCCCUAGAGCUAACAUCCAAUCAUAUGCCUCUGUUCUUGUUACAUAAGAACCCCCCCCCAGCCCGCAGCGCUCCCAAAGCAUUACUCAUUCAGCUUGUGGCAACGGAGCGCUAUGAAAACACAUAGUUGGAAGACUCCUCUUUUGGUUUUCUAUGUUUAAAAAUACAUCCCUCUCUUGCUGUCCUCUGGUUUGAGUUUGAAUGAGGUUUAGCCUGAUGUAAGUCUAAAACAACUAUCCCAAUCUACACACUAAAUAGUGAACAAGAGUACUUCAUAUAAUGACGAGAUGAAUUAUAUUCCAUAUGGUCUCCGACGUGAUCAUGUCUAGAAUCAUAUAUUCUAUAGGCUAAUCUUUAUGAAACCUAGAACAAAUACUGGUCCACUGAGGCAGGGGGUUCUUAAACUUUUCCAGUUUGAGCCCCAAAUUAGAAAUUGAUCAUCCUCCCCUGACCCAAAUGGUCCUCCAACAACCCAAAUGAAGAAGAAAUAGGGCGUGAUUAUAUUCUCACAUGCCCAGAACCCACUUUGGGUGAGGACCCAUAGUUUAAGAAACCCUGCACUAAGGCAUUGUUGCAUUUUGACUGCUAUACAUUAAACGUAUAAAACCAGACAAGUUUGCUCAGUUCAUUGCAUUUCCAACUUCUGACACAGAAUGAUGGUAGUGAACGCUACAGGGCUACACAGCACUGCCUUGGAAUGUGAACGGCUUGGUGAAAUGUAUCAAGCUGUAACACUAUGCAAACUAAGCAACAAACCUCGUCUCUUGUUUGCUAGCCGUUACUGAUGUCGUAACAGGAGCACCCGGGGAUUCACUUCAUUCUCAAUUCUGUCAACGAUUCAAAACUGCUUCUGUGAUUAAUUACUAAACGCUAUUUAGCUUUAGCUUAGCAUUGAUCUAAUUAGGCUAUGAGGGAUAUAGGCUAAGCAUCUAGUUGAAAUUCUGGCAGCACUCAGCAUAUCGGUCAACACACAUACGUACGUUCCCAGUAGAUGUCAUUGAGCUGGUAUAGGCCCUGGUCAGCAGUCGUAAAGAAUUGCAGUGUUUUAGCAGGCUCAUUCUAGCGCUUUCCCCAAUCGCUCUCUCCACACUGGUGUUUUGUUCACCUCUACACACGCACACCAAUCCCUCUACCCUUGUGCUUUGUUCCACCACCUUUUGUGGGAUCACUGUAGUAAAAGUGCUGUGUGAUAGUUUGGAACAGAGGGGGAUAGUGUCUCAUAGUUCAGGGGUCAGCUUGUGUCAAAGGUCACAGACUAGAUCUAGGUGAUGGGUCAUAAUAAUGCUGUUCAAUACAACUUUAUUUAUAAGACAGCCUGGUCUGUCCUAACAGGUUCGAUUUGGUUCUUCCCUCAAGUGUUUGUAACUUUUCAGGAACCUGGCUUUUUCAGUGCUGAGCAUCAGGCCCAGCUCAAGAACCACUGUGCUUGUGUCUCCUACAAAUGGAAUGGUAUUCUUAGAAUUCUAGUCAUUCUAUGAACUGUCUUCCAUUUUUGAAGUGUUAAGACCACCGAGUCAUCAACCACCCAACGAAAUUGACUGUGUCCAUUGGCUUCACUUUCGAACAACAACCGAGAGGAAUGUUAGCCUACUGUAGCUAGCUGGUGAAAUGAAUAGUAGAACAUGUUGCCGCCAAUAUCAGAAACAAUGUCUCCCCCGCCCCACCCAAUAAUAUCUAUUGUAUUUGAGGAGGAUGACAAUUUCGAUUAUGAUAUUUUUUUUACUUGUGCUUUUACUUACGAUGUGUUUAUAUUUUGGCCAUUUGUUUGAAGAGACACUAGUCUGGCUGAAUGUGGAAUGAUAAAAACCAUAACCUUUUUAUUGAAGGAGCCCGCCGUUGCUAGCAUGUGCGGGCCGCUUCGGUACCCGUUUGACUCUUCUUGGUUCUGCUGUGUGGCUACACACACAAAUUUGCCUCGCAGAAACCAAUGGAGGCGUCACCCUUUCUGUAUAUCACUCAAAUAGCAUAUAAGUAUAUAACACCUCCUUUGUACGAAGACACUUCAACUCGGAUAUCCAUCUCAAAACUCCCACGUUUGACUGGUCCAAAGUUAUCUUUUGACAACAAGCCCCACCACUUUCUUAUGCCCUUAAGACUCCUAUAUUGUAACCCGUAGCCAACAGGAAACACAGCCAGUCUUGAAGCUUCAUCCUCCACUACGUGUGGUUGUCUCCGAGUUGACGGUUUAGAGGGAGAUAUGACAUAGGACUGGGAGACACCGAUCAUGUGAAAGCAUGCGAUGAAAUGGCACCUGCAACCAAUUUGACCAUUGUAAUUGUACAUAGAGUAGUAGCAGUGUUGGUAGGAAGGCAUACUGCAUAAACACUUUUUACUGUGAGGGGUUGUGCAUUGUGCACCGAUAAUUCUUCCAUUGAAAACACUGCAACUGCGCACUUAGAACUGCCAUUUGCCCAGCCGAGAAUUGUAACAAUGCCAGCCAUUUUGUAAUGUUUUCUUUCAAAUGAGAGUUGAAGGUCAGAAGAGAAACCUUUAUCUAUUUACCCCAUAAUUUCUUCCUGUGUAACUCCCUAAUCCUUCCCCCACGCUUCUUGGGCCAGACGACAUGGUUCUAGGUUCUCUCCGAGUCCUGGAAAGUAGCCACGGUCAAGUGCCAGAACAGCAGGCAGUUAUAGGCCCUUACGCAAGAGGAAGGAAUAAUGUGUAUAUUCAUAGUGAAUAAUCACCUGUCGUCUACUAGUUAUUACUGCACAAGGUACCAGGCCAAAUCUAUUUGAAAAACAUUGGGAGUUUGGACGGUUGAUGAAUUUAGUGAUGAGUCACCCUACUGUAAUCUCCAUGGACGUCAGCACUGUUCCAGAGAACGCCAGGACAUUGGGCUGUAAUAUUAAAGGACUAUGAUGUACUUGCUUCAAUAUCAUGAAUUACUGAGAGGAGAGUGAGGCUCUUUGUCACCACAGCAACCAAAUUACGUAAUAACGGGCCCCUUAUCGUGUGUCCUUUCUAUAAGGUGCUUUUAUCUCAGAAAGUAUACCCAGAGACAGAAGAGGAAGUGGGACAUCCCGCUCCCUUGUUUAUUUUCUGUUUCAAUGGAAGCCAAAUGAACUAAGUAGACCAGACCAAGCUGCUAUUGCAUUGGUGUCUUCAGUAGAGCCAUCCCCUUAAGUAGACGCUCUAUUCAAUGGUGAACGGCCUGAGUCAACCAUCUUUUGUAUACCUAGCUGUUGGCAGCCAUUUUGUGGGCCAGGCCUCAAGGUCAAAGCUGUGUAAAUUGGCCACUUGGGCCUCUAACACGUCACUGCCUCACUGAAAACUCUCAAUGUUGUGUAUGGUGUGCAUUUAUUCAGUGUAUAGUUCUUGUAGUGCACCCCCCCCCCCCUUCUCUCCCUUUAAGUACAUCCCCUGUCUCGCCCCUACCACACUUUAUCCCAACCUCCCACUCCAAUAGCCACCACCUUCUCCUCUCAAUAAAUCAACCUACCCCACCAUCUUACCCCAACCUCCCACUUUAUCCACCAGCCCACACUUUCUUCCCUUGAUGGGUGAACCCUACCCCAUCCUCAUUGGGGGGUCUUACCCAUCCUACCCUGUGAUAUAACAUUGUUUAUAAAAUUAAGAAUUCUGCAGCAGAAUAUUUUUGAAGAAAUAUGCUGUACAGUAUUUGUAAGCUCUAUUUUUGUAUAUUUAAUUGCCAUUUUGGAAAGAAAAAGUAAUGAAUGCAUUUCUUUUGCUAAUUGUUUUAUUCAUAAUGUUUUUUUGCAUGUGACUGACUUGAACUGUAAAUAAAAUGACCACGUUUUGGAAAUAA